ACGAACGGCUUUGUAAUUAUUGUGACCAUAUUGGCUGGAUUCUGAAUAUCCUGCUUGCAGGAUACGUAGCUUCUUGUUUUCUAUCAUCACGUGAUCGUGUGUGUAAACCCGAGAGCUUGUUUUGUUUAGAAUAUUUUUGCUUAGUUAUAUUAGCAAGUAUUUUUGAUAAUUAUCAAGUUGGUUAGCCUGCAACAAUUUCUGACCGUGGCCGAUUUCUUGUACGAAUAUUAUCCUGGACAUUUAUACGCUACGUUGCGGGCGGUGGAUGAUGUCAGGCAUAAUAGCGGCCUAAUGACACGGCUGGUAAUGAUGUUCAGUGAACCACUCGCAUGUAGAACAAACGAAGAACUGCUGACGUUACGAAGAAUGAACGUGUUCUGAUAUGUCUGUGAGUGUUCGGUGACUGUCAUGUCUUCCCUCUUGGACCUAUAGGACAUUUUCGCCUCGAUUACUCUAUUUAAAAUCAAUUAGUACAUGUUUCUAUAUGAUCUCAGAACGAGAAGUAAAAGACUGCCAAAUUAUUUCGUGAUUUUCCGAUGAUCAAGUUUUUCUUUAAUCAUUUUCAUCCAGUGUAUAAUGUAACAUAUUAUCUUUUGUAAGAAUUUUGAGUCAGUGUUGCUAACUUUUGAAAUGAGUGCUUCGGAGUUUUUCUAUCAGAACAAUUCGGAUACUCUUUUCGGUUUUGAGAAUGAAUCUAUAGAGGAAUAUCUCGUGAGGACGCUCGGUCCCAAACGCCUGCCUCUCGCAGUAGUGUUGCCUAUUACCAUCAUCUACGUCACCAUAUUUGUGACGGGUAUCAUCGGUAAUGUGGCGGUCUGUGUGGUAAUUGCGCGCAACAAGUCCAUGCGGACGGCCACCAACUACUACCUCUUCAGUCUCGCUGUCUCCGAUCUGACUCUGCUUCUCCUAGGGUUGCCGUAUGACUUGGGCGUGUUCUGGCAGCAGUAUCCCUGGGUGCUGGGAGAAACCCUGUGUAAACUGCGGGCCCUAGGAUCAGAGAUGUCCUCCUACACGUCUGUGCUCACCAUCGUCGCGUUCUCGAUGGAGCGCUACCUUGCCAUCUGCCAGCCCAUCCACUCAUAUGCCACGUCCAGCCCCCGGACCGCCUUACGAGUCAUAGUGUUCCUAUGGGGCGUCUCCCUUCUCAGUGCCACGCCGUUUGCUGUUUACACUAAGAUCAACUACGUGGAAUACCCACCAGGCUCCACGCACCAAAUAGCGGAAUCCGCCUUCUGCGCCAUGUUGGAUCACACCGUUCCUUCUGACUGGCCUAUGUAUGAAUUGAGCGCAUUUCUCUUCUUCCUGGGUCCCAUGCUGAUCAUCGUCAUCUUGUAUGUCCGUAUGGGCGUCACAAUCCGCAGUCGCGUUAUCAGAUUCCCUGGCGAAACGAAGCACCUGAACUCCCGGACUAAACCUAUCAUCAGAAUGCUCGCGGCUGUGGUAGUCACGUUCUUCCUGUGCUGGGCACCCUUUCACAUGCAACGGCUCUUUUAUGUCUAUGGGAGACACUCACCCAACUUCGACAAAAUAAAUGAAUGGGCCUACUAUAUCACAGGAUGUUUCUACUUUUUCUCCUGCACAGUAAACCCUGUGCUUUACAACGUGAUGUCUGUCAAGUACCGCCUAGCAUUCCGCAAGACUCUUUGCUGUGGCCCAGCUGAUAGUGGCUGUAACCGAGAAGUAUCCACUUUCAGGGAUACAACAGUUGUCUAUGUCAAUACUCACUUGGAUCGUCGCAGGUCUAGUAGCAACCAGGGAGAAGUGAGACGACUAAAUUCAUUCAGUAUGUACUCAAAACAUAGUGGCAUUCCCAACAAUAUGCUAGAGGAAAUGACACAUGCUAUUUCACGACGAAAUUCAACUCCAGCAAGAACAGAAGCAAAAGAUCAUGGCAGCUCAAGAAACUCCAGUACUGUACUUGACCAUCACAACAAACAUCACAAAUGUCAGACUUGUGAUUGCUCAUUGAAUCAAAGACAUGACUGUGAUGAAAUUUCAGACAUGAUUGUCACUCUGAAGCCUUCAUCCAACAGCAAAACAAAUUCUUACCCUACACCUAAGACUUGGCCAAAGGUUCUUCUAAGAGCUGCCAAGAAGUCAACGGGAGUAAGUGGAGGUAGGUCUCAAUUGGCAGAGCCAUGUUUGAGGGACAUGCAAUUGCACAGCCAGCAGGAAACUUGCAUGUAAUGUAGCUAUGUUCCUCAGUAGCUCUCAGUGUCCCAUGCAGAGGACAUUUUCAAGGCCUUGGAACUGCAUCUUUUAGAAUCUGGAGUUUCUAAAUAUGCUAUCCUAUAUUAGGGCAUACUCUGUACAGUGGUUUAAUGUGUUCAAUUCAGAUAAACAAUAAUACAUAUUACAAUACUAAAGUAACUGUGUAGGAGAGAUAUUUUAGUGCAUUUGAGUAUCUGUACACAUGGAAGACAUAUCAUAAGAUCAAGCAAAUGCAUUCUGCCUUCAACACCUGACUAAUAAAACUACCAUUUAUCAGCAUUAAGUUUAACAAUGUAAAAUUGCAUUCAUUUUUCCUCAUCCUAAGUAUUUCCUGCUAACCAGCUCCAUGAUAGAAACCUGAAAGUUAACAAUUGUUCUUCUGGUCAAGAAAUUACUUGGUUUUAGAGAACUCGAAAUUUCCACACCACUUUUAUAGAAACUGUGAAUGGGCCAUAUCCUGAGCCAAGUGAAUUUACCCCACAGUCCCUGUUUCUCUAAGAUUCAUUGUAAUAACAUUCUCCCAUCUAUGCCUUGGUAUUCCAAGUAGUCUCUUCCUUCAGGUUUCUUGUACUAACUAUUGUAUGCUUUUCUCAUCUCCCCUGUGUGUGUAUAUAUGCUAACACUCAUCCACCAUCAUCUUUUAAAAAUAAUUGUUUUAUUUAAAGAGCUUAGAUUAUGAAGCUCUUUAUUAUACUUUUCUCCAUAAUUCUGUUACUUUCUGUCUCAAGCGUCGAAAUAUUCUCCUUGGCACUCAGUUUUAAAAUGUUCUACAUGUCUCUUCUUCCCUCACAGUGAGAUAUCAAGUAUCAUACCAACAUAAAAUACCAUUAUAGUUUUGUAUAUAUGAAUUUGUAGAUCUUAAUACAGAACAUGGGAAGAUAAAAGAUUCUGAAUUGAAUAGUAGUAAGCUUUACUGAAUUCAAUCUCCUUUUAAUUUUACUGAUAACAUAAUUUAGAUCUCUAAUUGUUAUUCCCAUGUAAUUGAACUGAAUCAUACCUACAAAUGAUUUAUUACCUCUACAUAUAACAUGACUUUGGCCUAAACAUGUUUUUAAAACAUGAAUAUACAAUUAGUUUUUUGUUUGUUUGUCUGUCCGUCUGUUUGCGCAUAUACCAAUCUCCUUAUUAGUGUGUAAAAUUUUGCUUUCAGUUUUGAGUCUUUAGUUUCAAUUUAAUGAGUUAAAAUCACAAGAAUGGACCCAUAACUGAUGUGCUCUACAGGUAUUCAAUUCAAAUCUAUUAUGAUUCCCUUACAUCUUUCUCAUCAUGUAGUGUAUAAAGCAAAGUUGAAAAGCCAUGGAGAUAAAACACCUCCUUUUUCCAAGCCAUCCUUAAUCGAAAUGCUUAAACAUUUAAGCAAAUUUUAAAAAAUACUAGAUGGUUAGUAGGAAUUUUGUUCAAGCAUAUUUUCAGUCAACAGAACUACAAGUAGGCUCAUUAGUAUCCUAAGUUCAGUUAGAAUGUUGUAUAUAUGAUAUUUAUAUCCCAACUGAAUCUUAGACUUUCCUGAAAUUAUAAAUGAUGUAAUCCUAUUGUAUCAUCAAAUGACACAUUCUCAGGUUGUAGAUGGAGGAGAUGACCUCCAGAUAUUAACGUUGGCUGUGAAUAUACUGAAUAAGGAUUCGAGCGCAGUCAACAUGAGGUGAACCUCAAGCCUGGGUCUGGGUGGGAAGACUAAAAAACAGCACCUCACUGAAAAAAACUAACAGGAAAUGGGGUAUAGAGGGCAGCUGUGAACAAUGUAAUGAACCUUUGGGUUCCAUAACACUUCUUGACCAGCAGAGCAGUUACCAGCUUCUGAAGGACAUCAUCCAAUGGAAUGGGUGGAUGAUGCACAUUUCUGGAUGUACAUAAAAUGUGAUUGGUAGAAAGGAAUAAAAUCUACUACCUGGUUGACAAGGAACUGAAUAAGUCAGGUCAGCAUCCGAAGCAUAGAAAGCAUGAGUACUGAAAUCUGAAUCAUAUACACCCAUUCUUUUAACUUACGUCUUAGUAUAUAAACUAUAUUACAUUAAUUGUCAUGAAUGUUUCAUCGUUGUAGACUUUGGCAUAGAAUCUUUGAAGACGUUUGUGCUUCGAAAUGUACAUCAUGACUUAAUACGAGUAACUGACAUUGUGAAGUGAUCUCAGUUUUGCAUUAUGUGACCUUUGUUUAUGUUACUAUAGCUGAUAAUUUGGUAACUUGACAGUUUUUAAUAUGUUGUAAAUACAAAUGAAAUUUUGUGACUCACAAAGAAAUCUUAAUAAAAUGUGAUAUUUGUAAUUUGUAAUCCUUAUAAAAAUUGCUGUAUCUUUCACCACUCUUAGUAACGUUGACUGAGUCUGUUGGAUUUGAUGUUCUCACAGCAGUGAUUAUAAAUCUUUAGUGAUGUGAUAUUGUGUAGUCCAGUAGAAGUACAUAAGUGUCUUCAAACAUCAGUGAACUUCUGUUGGACUACACAGCAUCACAUCUCAUUUGAUGGUACCCUUUAUUGACUGCUUUAUUUUUCAUGGCAUUAAUCAAGAAUGCAUUAGUUUUCCAGUCUAUAGUAUUGUCAUACUGUGGAACAUUUGUGUUCACUGAUGGAUUGAUGAUCAUGUAAUAAGAGACCAAAUGCUCUGAGUCAGAGGAUGUAGGUAUGUAAGCAAUAUGUGUAUUCACACGUUCUUGAGAUAUGUACUGAGACCAUUACCAAGGAUCACAGGCAAUGACCACAUGAACAUGAUGAACUGUUUGAAAAUUAAUCACCCAGGGAUUGGCUUAUUUUUAUAAUGAUAGAGACAAAGAUAAUUUUUGAGGUUUUAAAUCUUUAUGACAAUCUGUAUACAAUGUAGAGUUUUCUGGACUGUACUGAAGUAUUUUAUUGAAAAGAGCUUCUGAUGGUACAGAGGAACUUACUGUCUCACUUACAGGGAUGGUCUGUCUUCAAGACAGAGACAAUAGGUUCUUCAGAAAUUUUGACAUUUCUUCCCAAAGAUUGUACAUUAUGAAAAUAUACUUUCCUCUUAAUGAAAGAAAUUCUCAUUAUAUUAUCACGGUUUAUGCUUGACCCACUGAGGUGACAAAAGUUGACUUUACAGCAUUUCCUAUUCCUACAGCAGAAUAUCACAACCCUUACCUACUGAGCCAAUUGGUGUAGAUGAAAUGCUCUGCCCUUGCAACUGGAAGGUACCUGGUUCAAAUCUUGAUCAGACUACUGACUAUACUGACUGAGGUGUUUAGUUUCCAUUAAACUUACUGGCCAAAUUUCGGGAGUAUAUCACGUAAUAGAUCAUGAUCAGGUCCUUUGACUUCCUUAUAUAUUCACCAUUCAUAACUAUCUUCACAUUUUAAAUACUGCUAUAUAAUCUAUGCAGUUGCAGCAACAAAAAGCACAAACUCUGUGGCCUGUAGCCAUUAUACUGACCGAGUGACCAC